AGAAUAUUUUGAUUACAUGUGGUAAGCCAAGCGGAGGCACCCGAACCCCAAUUCAACUCUAGCAAUUAGCAAACACAAUCACAAUCACACAAAGGAGAAACUGAAGAAGAAAAAAGAAUGGCGCAACAAGGGCAAUACCCAACAAUCCAACCCUACGCCCAACACCAGCAUCAAUACAUACCUCCACCACACCCACCACCACCUCUACAACCACCACACCAACACCAACACCAACAACAUCCCUUAAACAUCCCUUACACCCACCAAAACCAAUACCAAUACCAUUACCAGCAACACCAGCAGCACCAACAGCAACAACAACACCAAUAUUCCAUCCCUUUGGGUCAAUUACAAUACCCUUCUUACCCUCAACCCCAUUACUCCGACCGCCCUUCUUCCAAACGCCCCCGAGAGCCCGUUUCGGACUCGGCCGAGGUCCCUUCCACCAAACGCCAGGCUUUGGGGACUGAUAUAUUGUUUAGGGUUGUUGUUCCUUCUGGACAAAUUGGCAAGGUUAUUGGCAAAGCUGGUCAUCGUGUUCAAAAGAUUAGGGAAGAUACUAAGGCUACUGUCAAGAUUGCUGAUCCUAUUGCUCGAUAUGAGGAACGUGUUAUCAUUAUUAGUUCGAAAGAGAAUGAUGCUGGUGGUAUCAGUGAUGCAGAGAAGGCAUUGCUUCAGAUAGCCUCUCUUAUUCUUGCGGAUGAUGGAAGCAGUGCGGCCGCUCUAAGUAUUGCUGCUGCAACUGAUCCUUAUGGUGCUGCUGCUGGUCUCAGUGCAGGACAUGUAGUCGCUAAUUCAGUAAAGCUAUUAAUAGCGGGUUCACAAGCUGGUGGCUUGAUAGGCGUAUCAGGUCAGAACAUAGAAAAGCUCCGGAACUCUUCUGGUGCUACAAUUGCUGUUCUCGCACCAAAUCAAUUGCCUUUGUGUGCGUCUGCUCAUGAAUCUGAUCGCUUGGUUCAGAUAUCAGGUGAAGUUUCUGCUGUGAUGAAAGCUGUGGAAGAGAUUGGUGUCGAACUUAGGCAAAAUCCACCCAAGCAAGUAAUUUCUAUCAGUCCUACAUAUAAUUUGAGUGUUGCACGAGCACCACAACAUUAUAUGGACCCAAAUGCAGCUGAAUAUGUUACAUUGGAUAUGGUGAUCUCAGAAACUAUGGUGGGUGGCUUGAUUGGCAGAGCUGGGUCCAACAUAUCAAGAAUUAGAACUGAAUCUGGUGCAAUGAUUAAGGUAUUUGGUGGAAAAGGUGAGCAAAAACAUAGGCAAAUCCAGCUUAUUGGCACAGCUCAGCAGGUAGCUUUGGCAAAACAGAGAGUUGAUGAGUACAUUUAUUCUCAACUGACGCAACAACCUGCUGCCGAGUAGUCAAUAUUGCCACAGUGAAGAUGAACUUUGCCGUGCGCCCUACCAAAUGCUUCAACCCUCUUGUUACAAAGUAUCCAUAUAUGUGUUACUUUUAGGACUGCAUCUUCUGGUAUAACUAUGAGCUACAACUAUUGUACCUCGAGGUGCAAGAUAGUUGGAUCACAUUCAUAGGCUGUAUUUUUACACUGCUUCCUUUUUCUUUUUACCUGGUUUAAAUUCAAGUUUUGAUGUAGGUGGGGUUUUUACUCAGUAAUUUCAUUCUUAAUAGUUUUUAGGUUUUGGCUCUUGUAAGGUGAAAGAGUUGCGUAGUUGAUGUAUUGAACAUUAAUAUUUAGCAUGUACUUAGUUUUGGUGUGUAAUAAAAGCGUGUUGUUCUUGUUCCAGAUUUAGUUAUAACAAUUAACAAAUUCUCGAUUGUGAGUGGUGGUUUGACAAACUUA